UCAAUUAUUAGACGAAAAUCAGACGAAAUGGAAACUUCUACGACUCCGUUUUUAGCCGGUGGAACUGAACUGACAACAAGUAUCUCAACCUACACGAUAAAUGAAAAGAUAGCCGAAGGAUCGUUCGGCGCAAUUUUCAAAGUCACUGAAAAGUCAACCGGUACGCGGCUGGUCUUAAAAGCAGAACUACCAGGUUCUCCAUCAAAUGAUCUUCGAAUAGAGUUGGUUACUAUGCUAAGAGUGUUUCGAAGUUACGUUCCGGAAGUGACAGAUAAAGGUGUAUUCAAUGGAACGAAAUUCUUGAUAAUGCCUUUGUUCGGGAAAUCACUCGAAGACAUUAUUGGUGCUCUCCCAGGCAAUAAAUGUUCAUUAUCGACUGCCAUUGGGUCGCUCUACCAAUGCCUUGAAGCCAUAGAGUUGUCCAUUGGUCCCACUAUCUGCACCGGGAUCUGAAACCCGGGAAUUUUUGUGUGGGUAGUGGAAAAGACAUUCGACGUAUUUUUUUGGUGGAUUUUGGAAUGAGUCGUCGAUACUGUGGUCAAGAUAAUGUAAUCUAUCAGCCCCGAACAAGAUGCCAAUUUCGGGGUACCCCCGUUUAUGCGCCCAGGGCAUCCCACAAUCGAGCUGAACACAACCGAAAGAGUGAUCUGGAAAGCUGGGGCUACAUGAUGAUAGAGAUGACAACCGGAAAGCUACCAUGGUCGAAUUUGAAUGUGGAAAAAGAACUAGAUGAGAUCGGAGAAAUGAAGAGUAAUUAUUGGAAAGACCAUAUCUCUCAAAAAUGUUGCAUGAUUGCCCAAAAGAAUAUAAGGAAAUAUUAGAGUAUAUCGAUGGACUAAGCUUCUUUGAGGAGCCAAACUAUCGUUACAUAUAUGAUGCAUUGAGGCGAGUAAUGAAGAGAUGCCGUCUGAAGGAAUUUCCUUUUGAUUGGGAGCCGGCUUCUAAGAAGCGCUUCACUCUCAAAUCACUUUGGCCUCGUUAACUCGUCUUCCUUGAUAUCAACUUGUGGUUUCAACUUGUUGUUCAUCAAGUCACUUUCAACCAUUACAUCAAGUUAUUUCUAUCAACUCUACACUACUCCAUAUGGUCUCUGUCAAUUAUCCAACACUUAUGUAUUUAAUCGUUUUCUCGUAUGUUUUUUAUGAAUAAAGUUUCGUGAUUCAAAU